GCGCCGGGCGAGUCGUUUUCGCAGGUCCCUGCUCCAGCACGUCUGGCAGCAGCGGCCGGGGAGCGACGACGACGACUCGGAACAACAUGGUGGCGAUGGGGAUCGGAGCCGACUGCCGCCCGCCCGCUUUUCUCCACCUCCAGGCACAAGAGGUCUUCACGCCGCCUGUCAGCAGAACUUACAGGAAAAACAUCACACCACGUGAAAGGUCCUGAGUGAUACGCACGAAGUUCUUCAGGCGACUGUUUGCUUGUCGAUUGAAAACAACAACAACAACAAUAACAUAAUUAAAACAAAUCACGGAAAUGAAACACGGUGAAUGCAGGCAGCCGACCUUCACAAGACAAUCAAGCAAGCUCAAUUUGAAUACAAGAAUACAGACUAGCAUGGAGGAGCAGGCAUGAGUGCCACAUCAAGGAUGACAAUUAAGUAGGAAGCAAUUCUCGUUUCCUGAAAUAUCUUGACCAGGGAAAACCCAAAGUCAUUCUCUGCGUGCUCGUCUAAAGCUCGGAACGUUUAAUUAGCUUUGAAGUCACGUGCAGCCCCUUAUGAUCAAUACAAAGUAAUUGCUAAAACCACGAGACCUUUCUGGACUCCAAGAGAAGUUGUCAUGUUCAGAUCAUCUACCAAACUUGCAUAAAUCGGUAAUUUUAUCUUGAAAUUGCUGUGUAUAAACGUGGAACCAUCGUCCAUCCUCCACAUAUGAUGUGAUGAAUGUCAGGUUCAUCCCUGUAUUUUGACUGAUGUUCAUCGUGUAAACUGUUUAAAAACGGACACAAUGCCACGUUCAGGGCUCAGACACCGCGGAGUAAUUCUCGUGAGAAUGGACUGGCAGGAGAUAUGAGAAUCCAAUAUUCUUCCAAGACAUCUGUAAGCUGCUGCAGUUUAAAAAGGAAGAAGAAAGGAAAAAAAAUCCGUGCUUCAAGUUUUUCCUUCUUCCUACAAGAACGUGAAGUGUCGAGAAGGUGAUGUUGGAAUGAUGUGGAUUGUGUGUUGUAAAAAAUACACGUCAUCUCGGAGUGUUUAACUUCGAUUUCAUUUAAUACGAUCCCGUUCGUGCUUUAAGGAAGAGGGAAAAAAUCAGAAUACAUCUCAAAAAAAGGAAAAGAUUGUAUCAGAUGUAGUGCAGCAUCGGUCGAAGACUGGAAUGCCACUCGUCCGGCAUUUUUCGCCAGCCCAGAUCCGUUAAUGGUCGAGUGCAGUAUCAAUACUUCCGUCGCGCAUGCGCUGUAUGGAGGAAGCGACUCGAUAGAAGGGACUUGCUCUCAACGCUUCAUCGCUCUGGCAGUCCCACCCGGCGAGCCGGAGAAACAGAGUUUUGCAGCAAGAGUGUGUGAGUGAGAGAGAGAAUUGUGGACUUUUUGUGGGAGAGCAAAGAGAUCGAGUUGUGGACACACCGAUGACGCAACGGACGCGGUGAGAGGUGUGUGCAGGCGGAGGGAUACCGGCAGUCACCAGGUGUAGGGAGGCGAGGAGUGAUGGCUGACGAGAAAGGUGUUAUAAAACGAACCAAGGCAAAGGUAUUGGAGGACUUAUGGAUUUCAAGUGGCCACUGAGCACUGUGGCCCCCAAAGGUCUGCUGCAAAGGUCAGCUGCAUGUGGUGAUACAGCGACCUCAAAACCUCCGAGCGCUAGCAUGUAUGUCUUCAAGCGACUGAUCUCCCCUAGCUGUUCGUCCGUCAAGUCCGAGAUUGAUCAGGGGAAGCUACUCCGAAAGUUUGGACGCCGCGGGAAGGGCAAAGGUUCAUUUGAGAUGCCGUGUGGCGUGGCUGUCACCAAAUCAGGAGACAUUGUGGUAGCAGACACAGAGAACCAUCGUAUUCAGAUCUUUUCACCGGACGGCGCCUUCAAGUUGAAAUUUGGCCGCAAAGGACCGAACCCCGAUCAGCUGAACUACCCGCUGGGAGUUGCCAUGACAGCCGAAGAUCACGUGGCGGUGACGGACAGCGUGAACGCUGCUGUGAAAGUGUUUUCACGUGAAGGAGAGCUCAUUUCGUGCUUCACUCAUGCGGGUCUCAUCGAGUUUCCCUACGGAGUGGCCAUCACCCUGGACAACUUCUUCGUCUUCACCGACAUCUGCAAGCACGCCGUCAUCGUCCUGACACCUAGCGGCUCCGUCAGCCACACCUUCGGUAGCUAUGGCGACGAGAGAAAGAACUUUGAUCAUCCCUACUUUGUGGCCGUCAACAAAUCCAAACAGAUCAUCGUCUCGGACGCUGGCAACAGUGCUAUUAAGAUCUUCCAGUUCGAAGGGAGGCUGCUGCGGAUGUUCACCCUGUCGGACUUCAAGCUUCCCGCGGAAGGCUACAUCUCCCUGUAUGGUCUGUGCACCGACAGUGACGGCAACACUCUGGUGGUCUGCAACUCCACCAUCUGCAUCGUCACCAAGAAUGGCCGCCUGUGGGAAGUAGUCACCUCGAAGGACGGUCUGACAUCACCCAAGGGUGUGGCCUUCUCGACGGCGGGAAGACUGGUUGUGACACAAAGCAGCUUCGAGGACAAGCACGAGGUGUGUGUCUAUCGGUACAACACGGAGGAUUACAAAUCGCUCAACACGCUCGUGUAUUAUGCCAUUUCUAUAUGAUGGAAGUCUGGAAGCUUCUCCUGCUGAUUUUCUUGUGUUUUUUUUUCUUAUAACACCUUGGGUAAUUUUGAGGCUCUUUCGGACCAAAGCUCAUCAUUAACCAUUUAUCCUUCGAGUUAACUACCAUAGACAGUUAGCUCAAUCAUUGUUUUUAACAAUCAUUGAAUACUGUUCUUUUUAUUUUUUUUCUAUUUAUCUCUGCUGCUUUUUGUGAUUUUGAAUCGACAGUCUGUACGCUUGCUCGUGUUCUUAGUGGACCGCUAGUGGCUUUAGAGCAGCUGAGCAUUUUUAAAUCAAAUAAUCUUGGUGAUGAUUGCACAAUCAUACUAAAUGUCACUCGAUAUUAUCUGCUGUGGAAUGUGAUUUAGGGUAGGAAAAAGGUCUUCAGUCCUUAGUCUUGCAAAAUACUCAGUUUCUUGAAUGUCGCCCAGUGAAGAGAGCUUUUGUGCGCUUUUGUGAACCAAAUUCUUCCGUUACACUCUCUACUUUCACCAGUCAAGUGGUAAAAUGAGUAUUCAGUUUCAGAAAAAAAUAUAUUUAAGAAGAAUGUGGUAGAAAUAAAUGCAAAGUUGUCCCAACAGAAGUUUCAAAAUCCAUUUACUGCAAUGGACUUAGUUCCACUUUAUUCCGGUGAUCGAGGAAAGAUCACUAAACGAGAACAUACUGAAUUAGCGCAUUUACUAGGAACAUAUACACAUAUACCAUGCUCUAUUUUUCUUGUUGACAGUCGUGCAAUAUUCCCGGUGAAGAAGAAAGGUCAUGCACUUCGUGAAAACAAACAACCAAUAAAAACACAAUGCUGCUUGCUGAAGCCACACGCACCUUACAGAUUUCUUGUAUCGCCAGAGGAAGAGAGAUAAAUUAAGGAAGAAAGCUUCCUCAUAAUUCAUUUACUACACUGGUAAGGGAAAACAGCAGGCACUUUUAUUUCUGUAGUCUUGAUUAAAUACUAGACUCCCCGCCUCUCCCAUGAAGUCGAUGAAGAGGUGGUCAGACAUCGCGAACAUUGCUUCCUGUUUCGUUUCUCUUGAACACCGUGGCCACCGUAAUAACUACAUCUCUAGGAGUACAACAACAUCCGUCGGUCUUGACACCGCUUUAUAACUUCAGAAAAAAGACAUCGGUCCUUGAAUUCCAGUUUGCUUUAGCCGGAAUAAAUCAAGAGUUCCGUCCCUUUGAGCAUCUUGGUGUUGGGAUGUAGUUGGAUGUCUGUUGCCAGAGAGAAAAUAACUUGGUACAGUGAGCCAUUUCUCCACCCUCUCCUUCUUAAGACCGACUGUUAGACGGCGAUGUCAACACCCUGGCUUGUAGCAAGAUCCAAGUUCUCAAUGACAUGUGAAAUGGAGUGAUGGAAGCAGUUGGAGGGGGGAGGGAUUAUUUUCUCCAAAGAGAACUAAAGUGUUGGGCGAGAACUGAUUGUGUGUGUGUGUGUGUGUGUAAGUCUGUGCGUGCAUUCAUGCAUCGUGUACAUUUGUACGUGUUCGUACGUAUGUAUGCGUGAAUGAUUUGUGCUUGUGUGUUUUCGUAUGUGUGCAUGCAUGAGUGCGCAAGUAAACGUGUGGUGUGCGUUCGUGUAUGUGUGAAUAUGGAUGUGUGCGUGCGUGCAUUCCCGUAUCAUCAUCUAACCGCUGCAAAUAAUUUUUUUUUAAUAAACAAUGGCUCAACGUGUUGAACAAUGUGUUGCUUGCAACAAACGUAUGACACUCCUGACUCAGAAAUGUCCGAGGGCAACUUUGGUCCGAUCCAUCGAGCACACACUAGAGCCAAUGUUAGAAGCAGACACGGGAGAGAAAGGUCACAGGAUCACGUGACACCAUCGAGUGUCAUUUAAAAGGAAUAUCGAUAAUAAUAUCCUUUCCCAUCAGUGAAUAAAAAAAUAAAAAAAUUGCUAAUUCUGAAAGUUACAUAUUUAAAUGUUUUGCCAGUUUCUAAUUGAGACAUACAUAAGCAUAGUUUCACAUUCAGAAGCAGUUUAUUUGGGAAGAACGUUCAACAUUUAAAGAUUAUAUCAAUGAGCUUGUCAACCAGACAUCUUCCUUCUUUAGCAACGAUUUUCAAGAUAAAAUAAUCUUAAAAAUAAGUGUGCUUUUUUUUAUUUCUGUGGGCGCUUUAAAAAUUUCCUACUGAAAUUGUUGUAAUGGGAGUUACUGUCCUCCUUUCGUCUCCCUUGUCGUCUCCCACCUCCUGAUCUCUUCCUUCUUCAUUGUAAUCCAUUUUUCAUUGCCAUUGUUAUCCAUUUUCAUCGCCAUCGCUUUAUUUAUUUAGUAUCAGUGGUUAAGGAAAAUGCCAGCCUGGUCUACCUUUUGUCAACAUACAAGAUAAGCUUAUUUACAUGUUCAAGGACCGUAGAAAUAGUUUUGUGAACUCUGUGCUAUCUCAUCGCUUGGGGUCAUUAUGUAACUGAACUUGUUUUUAUUUUUAAAUUAUCGUCUGCUACUGGCAGCUGGCAGAUCUUGUUUCUUUUGUCCAGCUUAACGACUCAAAAUUUUGAAUUUUUUAAAAUAAGACCUGGUAAAAACUCUUAGUUUAUCUCCAUGUUGAACUUUUCAUGAACUCUGUUGGCAGAUCCUUGUCCUUCAUUUUGACUGUUGCAAAGAUGAUGCAAGAAAAAUUGCGUAUGCUGUUGAUAAAUUAUUUGAACUUUUCAUCCUUUCAUUUCCAAAAAAAUCACAAAGAUAGAAAUGAUAUAUUUUACUUUGACCCUGUAUGAUGAUUAUCUCUGAUCACACAGGACCUGUUUGCUGAAUCCUGUCUUGUUACAUUUGUUUUUAAAAUAAUUGGCAGUUAUUCCAUCCUGGUUUUACAGUUCUGGAAUUUGUGUGUGAGUUCGUCCCUCAUUGGUUUUAAAGCACUAGCCGCUUGUCACUAGUGUUAAUCAGCAGUGAGUAGUGUUUAGCUCGAUACCCGGGGUUGAUUACAGAGAAGCGAUUGGUUCUCGUGACUCAAGUCACGUGGGAUGUUCAGUUCUGUUAGCUUGUCCUGUCUCCACCCCACCUCUCUCCGCUCAUAGGACAUUGGCAAAGUGGUUUUGACAUUUGCCUGCAGAAAAAUUAUGAUUGAUGCACUGCAUGAACAAGGAAGACAAACAGCUGAGAUAAAUAAAUACUUCCAAGCGAAGUGUUUGCAUGUUGACAAGUGUGGUUGUCUGUCUGUACCUUUGCCAGUUUCUCCUAACUGUAAAACGCACAAAUAAAACUGCAUGCAUACUUUUAUAUACAAGACUUGAAUCCACUUGAAUUACUGUCUUAUCCUCCAUCUCUCUCUCACACACACACACACAGAUACAUAAAAGUGUUCACUCACUCGCUUUACAAAACCAUCAUGGUUGUAUGCUCAAGUGUUUAAUAAUUUUAAAGUAAUAUUAAGUACAGUUCAAAAUUAAACGUUUUGAAGAUUUUUUUACAUUUGUAUUUUUAAUUUGCAUGCAUAAGCAUGGCUUUUCCAGUUGUUAAUUUUUGCAAUAAAUUCACAUACUUUCUUUGCCGGUGUCUCUAGUUUCAGGUGUCACAUGACAAUGUCAGAGUGUCUGCGAGCGUGUGUGCGCGUGCAUGUGUGUCUCCUUGUGUGAUUGUGCACAGGUGGGUCUGAUUGUAUUCUAGAAAGUGUUUGUUCGAACAAAUAAAGGCAGAGCCGUUGUUUACAUUCUUCGGAGAAUUUCAUUAGUGCCCCGAUCACAGCAUGCCUGCAAUGUUUGCACAAUUGUGUUUACUUGCUGUUUGUUACACAAUACUCAGGGUUGUCCAUGGGACAUAUUUUUCUAUCCCGUCCCAUCCCGUCCAUGGCAAUUUAUGCCUGUCCCAUCCCGUCCCAUCCACGGGAUGUUUCCCAUGGGAUUCCAUGGUAUUAACAAUC